ACAAAAUCCAAAUUUCAAAAAAAAAAAAAACCAAAAAAACGAAAUCCAUUUAAAAAAAUCUAAUCAUAGUUUGAUGCUUGCAAUAUUUGAAAACUAUAUAAAACAAAUAUAUAUUGGUAAUUUUUCUAUAAAAUGAUACACUCUAUAUCUUUCUUACUCACCACUCAUUUGCACAAACCACACCCUCGUUCUAGAAAAUGGGGUCUCGCACACAAAACCUCUCUUUUCUUAUCCUUCUCCUCCUUGGCUUUCUUGCUGUCUCCUUUGCUUGCGACUGUAGCCCUCCUAAACCAUCACCGCGCCCCCACAAACCGCCGAAACAUCCCAGCAAACCGCCUAAACCUCCGGCAGUCAAACCUCCCAAACCACCUACCGUCAAACCACACCCACAUCCUAAACCUCCUACCAAACCGCCGACCGUCAAACCUCACCCACAUCCUAAACCCCCAACCAAACCUCACCCUACCCCGAAACCACCCACAAAACCGCCCACCGUUAAACCACCUCCGUCCACCCCUAAACCGCCCACGAAACCACCAACCGUUAAACCACCUCCGUCCACCCCUAAACCGCCUACCAAACCGCCAACUAUUAAACCACCACCGUCCACCCCUAAACCACCCACCCAUAAGCCUCCACCCGUCGUAACGCCACCAUCACCUUGCCCACCGCCACCCCCAACCCCACCUGUUGUAACACCGCCAACACCAACUCCACCGGUCGUAACGCCACCAACACCAAGUCCACCUAAGCCAGAGACUUGCCCAAUCGACACGUUGAAGCUAGGCGCUUGUGUGGACGUUCUUGGAGGUUUGAUUCACAUCGGGCUUGGUAAAAGUCACGCUAAAGAAAAGUGUUGUCCGGUUUUGGGAGGUUUAGUUGACCUAGACGCAGCCGUUUGUUUAUGUACCACCAUUAAAGCCAAACUUCUCAACGUCGACCUUAUCAUCCCCAUUGCUCUUGAGGUUCUCGUCACCUGUGGAAAGACUCCACCACCUGGCUUCAAAUGUCCAGCUUGAUUAAGAGUCUCUAGGCGUCUCCAAAGCUUUCGGUUUUUCAGAAUUGUUGCUUUAAUGAUCUCUUUUAUGUGUGGAACCUUUAAUCACUUGUUUCAUAUGAUUCAAUAAAAGGGGUUAUUUGUGUUUUCAUGUUGUACUUUAAUAAGAAGAAAAACUGUAACACGGUAUCUUUUUUUAAUAUAAAACAUGGUUUGU